CUAGACUCGAGAUGAUGGAAGAUGCUGACGUGUUAUCCACACUGUUCCUCUUCGCAUCCCAACAAGAACACUCCUUUCUCUCCUCUCUUCUCUCUCUCUGCCCGCUCAGUCUUCUUCUGUCCCUGUGACAGCACCUAGGGUUUCUUUUGUCUCACUCUCAAAUUCCCAUCUCUACUGCUCCAGAACUUGCUAAACCCUGUUUUCCAUCAACGCAGGAAUUUUAAACAUUUUUGUUCCAUUCGUCUCUCGUGACACUUCCAUUUUCAGCUCACUAAUCACUACCUCUCUCUACCUUUAGCUCGAAAAUAAAACCUUUUCAUGGCAAAAACAAAACCGGGAAAAAAAGACCUUGAUUCUUACACCAUCAAAGGCACCAACAAAGUUGUUAGACCUGGUGAUACUGUGUUGAUGAGACCAUCAGACUCUGAUAAACCCCCUUACGUGGCGCGCGUGGAGAAGAUCGAGGCCGAUCAUCGGAACAAUGUGAAGGUUCGCGUUCGGUGGUACUAUCGACCCGAGGAGUCGAUCGGUGGGAGAAGGCAGUUCCAUGGAGCUAAAGAGUUGUUCUUGUCAGACCAUUACGAUGUGCAAAGUGCGCACACCAUUGAAGGUAAGUGCACGGUGCACUCCUUCAAGAACUACACUAAGCUGGAGAAUGUUGGUGCUGAGGAUUACUUCUGUCGGUUCGAGUAUAAGGCUGCUACCGGAGGAUUCACACCGGACCGCGUUGCCGUGUAUUGCAAGUGUGAGAUGCCCUAUAACCCGGAUGAUCUCAUGGUCCAAUGCGAGGGAUGCAAGGAUUGGUUUCAUCCAUCCUGCAUGGGUAUGACCAUUGAAGAAGCAAAAAAGUUGGAUCACUUUUUAUGUUCUGACUGUUCAUCAGAUGAUGAUGCCAAAAGAUCUUUGAACGCUUUCCCAGUAUCACCAUCAGUUGAAGCUAAGGUGGAAACAAAACGCAGGAAGAGAUGAUCUGAAUGGUCGGUUCCUAAUGAGGAGGUACUCAUUUUCUUGCACAUUAGAUAUGGUAUUGUUGUUUCCGUUGUGUUGUGGAAUUGUACAGUGCAGAGAAGAUACUGUGCUUGCACAAACAAGAGGCUUUACAUAAUUUAUCUUAUCCAGUGUGUGUGGACUUUGGAGGUGACUCAGUUUUCUAUGGUGUCUUCAAGUAUAAUAUGUGCAAAAAGAAAAAAAAAGAAUGCAAUUAUCUUAAGCUGUGAACUCUUAACAAUACAUUGGACUAAAAUUUUAGGGGAAGAGUUUUUUUCUUCUUAGUUUCUGCAGUUUACGUCAUUAAUACUUCUGGCUUUCAACCUCUUGCUGUUGGGUUGCAGGCUGGGAGGUGUGAUUGUGAUGACAUCUUUUUUCUUUUAAUUAUUUAUUUUGCCCUAAACUAUUUUAUAAUGGGUACAUGUA